AUGGACCAAGCCGACAAGAGGAUCACGGAAGAGGUCCGCAACCUGUUUCAUCUUUUUACUUUCUGUCUUCCUCCAGCUCAAAUAGAAGUGAUACCCUGCAAAAUCUGCGGGGACAAAUCCUCAGGAAUCCACUACGGUGUCAUCACCUGUGAAGGAUGCAAGGGCUUCUUUCGACGCAGCCAGCAGAACAAUGCCAUCUAUUCAUGCUCGCGACAGAGAAACUGCCUGAUUGAUCGGACCAAUCGCAACCGCUGUCAGCACUGCCGACUGCAGAAGUGUCUUGCUUUGGGCAUGAGUCGUGACGCGGUCAAGUUCGGCCGCAUGUCCAAGAAGCAGCGCGACAGCCUGUACGCAGAGGUCCAGAAGCACCAGCAGUCCCAGGAGUGUGCCGGCCUGGCGGCCCGGGAAGAUAACAACAACCUCGGCGACCACGGACGCACUUACAGAAGAGUGUCCAGCACCACGCUCAGCGACCUGGAGGACUUCACCACGCUGCCCGAUGGUCUUCUCUUCAACCUGCCGUUGACGCCCGAAGACGGAGGCGGCGAGUACGGCAACCUGGACAUGUUCGCCGGCAGCGCGGGUAGUGGCUCGUCUUCUCAGAGUUCUCCGGAACAGACCAACUUGGACUUUGCGGAGGCCAACCACAGCAUCAAGCACGAGUACCAGCUGUUGCACGACUCUGGGCUCUUUUCGCACGCCAUCCUCAACCCACUGCCCGAAGGAUGCUCACUGCUUGAACUCGAACACAUAACUCAGUGUGUGGUGAAGUCCCAUAUAGAGACGAGCCAGUAUAGUACAGAGGAGUUGAAGAGAAUGGCGUGGUCCACAUAUAGCAUGGAAGAGACACGAAUGUACCAAACUAAGUCAGCUGAGGUGAUGUGGCAACAGUGUGCCGUUCACAUUACCAACGCCAUCCAGUACGUGGUGGAGUUUGCCAAGCGCAUCUCUGGCUUUAUGGACUUGUGUCAGAAUGACCAGAUUAUCCUCCUCAAAGCAGGCUGUAUGGACGUCCUUUUAAUCAGAAUGUGUCGAGCGUACAACCCCAUCAAUAACACAUUCCUGUUUGAUGGAAGGUUCGCUCCUGCUCACUUCUUUAAAGCACUUGGGUGUGAUGACCUUGUGACGGCUGUGUUCGACUUGGCCAAAAGCUUUAGUCGUAUCCAGAUGUCCGAGGAGGAAAUGGCACUUUUUACGGCCGCUGUGCUGCUCUCACCAGACCGACCCUGGUUGACAGAUGUACAACAGAUCCAGAAGCUUCAGGAGAAGGUCUAUGUCGCCCUCCAGCGUUGCUUACAAAAAGGCGGGGCAUCAGAGGAGAAACUCGCAAAGAUGGUGUCCAAGCUUCCCAUCAUGAAGUCCAUUUGCAAACUCCACAUCGACAAACUGGAGUUCUUCCGUCUCGUCCAUCCCGAGACGGCGUACACCUUCCCGCCGCUGUACCGUGAGGUGUUUGGCAGCGAAAUUACGUUUCCAGACUCAACAGAGGGCUAA